AUGGCGACCCCCAAUAACCUGACCCCCACCAACUGCAGCUGGUGGCCCAUCUCGGCGCUGGAGAGCGAUGCGGCCAAGCCGGUGGAGGCCCCCGAAGCACCCGCAGCGGCCAGCCACGCCCAUUGGCCCAAGGAGAGCCUGGUUCUGUACCACUGGACCCAGUCCUUCAGCUCGCAGAAGCGCCUGCAGGUGCGGCUGGUGAUCGCCGAGAAGGGCCUGGCAUGUGAGGAGCGGGACGUGAGCCUGCCGCAGAGCGAGCACAAGGAGCCCUGGUUCAUGCGGCUCAACCUGGGCGAGGAGGUGCCCGUCAUCAUCCAUCGUGACAACAUCAUCAGCGACUAUGACCAGAUCAUCGACUACGUGGAGCGCACGUUCACGGGAGAGCACGUGGUGGCGCUGAUGCCCGAGGCGGGCAGCCCCCAGCACGCGCGGGUGCUGCAGUACCGCGAGCUGCUGGACGCGCUGCCCAUGGACGCCUACACGCACGGCUGCAUCCUGCACCCCGAACUCACCGCCGACUCCAUGAUCCCCAAGUACGCCACGGCCGAGAUCCGCAGACAUUUAGCCAACGCCACCAUGGACUUCAUGAAAUUGGACCAUGAAGAGGAGCCCCAGCUCUCUGAGCCCUACCUUUCUAAACAGAAGAAGCUCAUGGCCAAGAUCCUGGAGCACGAUGAUGUGAGCUACCUGAAGAAGAUCCUGGGGGAGCUGGCCAUGGUGCUGGACCAGAUCGAGGCUGAGCUGGAGAAGAGGAAGCUUGAGAACGAGGGGCAGAAACGUGAGCUGUGGCUCUGCGGCCGUGCCUUUACCCUUGCUGAUGUCCUCCUGGGAGCCACCCUGCACCGCCUCAAAUUCCUGGGACUGUCCAAGAAAUACUGGGAAGAUGGCAGCCGGCCCAACCUGCAGUCCUUCUUUGAGAGGGUUCAGAAACGCUUUGCCUUCCGGAAAGUUCUGGGCGACAUCCACACCACUCUGCUGUCAGCAGUCAUCCCCAACGCGUUCCGGCUGGUCAAGCGGAAACCCCCAUCUUUCUUUGGGGCAUCCUUCCUCAUGGGCUCCCUGGGUGGGAUGGGCUACUUUGCCUACUGGUACCUCAAGAAAAAAUACAUCUAG